AUGCUAGCUGGGGCAGCAGAUUCCCAUCGCCGAUCACAAUUACAGCAGAAGCUCGGCGUAGCUGAAGGUUUGGAGGCACAUGUUUCAGCUCUACACGCAGACCUAGCACCUCUAGCUAAACAGGAUAUUAUAUCACUGGCUAACGCUGUCUUUGUCGACCAAUCAGUCGAAAUUGCGACUAAAUACAAGAAGUAUCUAGAGGCAUUCCAAGCUCAGUCAUGGCAAUUUCCAACCCUUGCCGAUUCGGUGAAGGAUAUUAAUUCCUGGAUAUCCCAAAACACACUAGGCAGAAUCACGGAUUUGCUUAGCUCGAGCGCCUUGCGCAAAUGCCAUGUCGUUCUUGCAAACGCUACAGCUUUCAGAGAUACAUGGAAGACCAAGUUCAAUCGUGAGAACACAGUUUUAGAUCAUCCCUUCCACCUGGAGAAUGGGAGCAUCCGAGCAGCAGAGAUGAUGUUUGUUUACAAGGAAUAUGUUGAAACAGCAUCCAGCAGCAAUUAUACCGCUGUCCGAGUUCCGUAUGCCACGGAAUCAGACUCUUCACCGGUGGCCUUGGUGGCAUGGCUUCCCAAUCCUGGAAUUACAAUAAGGUCACUCCUCGAGCAGUUAUCCACGACCAAGUCAGAAGGUCCUUCGUUCCGGAGGAGGAAAUUGACUAAAUUUGGGUUUCCCAAAUUUGAAACCAGAAGCAAGGUCUCGCUGAUGGAUGAGCUGGCAGGUCUUGGGUUUCCGAUCAAAGGCAACUAUCCUGAAAUGGGAUCUGGUCCCACGGAGGUCACGGCAAUCAGCCAUGAGGCCUCCAUCAAGGUUGACGAGGAAGGAGCUGAAGCGACAGCGGCGACUGUCGUCAUGGUGGCGCGGAAACGCUCUACGGUGGUCAACGAGGAGGUCCUGGUAUUCGACAGACCGUUCCUGUACAUAAUAGAAGCUGGAGAAAAUCGGCACGAUGAGAAGAGGUCGGUCCACACUACACAGAACAACACCGAGCCGACAUCUCCCACUCACAACUUGGAUCUCACGAGUUUCAGUCCGCUUCGCCAGCAGUAUGACUUGGUUGUUUGCACUUGGUGGGUGGUUAGUGCAUGGGCGCCAAAACUUGACGACAUCAAAAUUGACAUCCAGAAGAUUACCCAGGAGGUAAACGAUGAAGAGAAAUCGCGGGCUCUCGUACAUACCUGUAGAUAUUGCUACCAGCUUUCGAAAGGAAAAUUAGCAGCUGAAUCAAGCUAUUGGCUGCAGAUUCGACGACGAGAGGUUUCUGCACAACUCGAGGAUCUUGCACGAGAGGCCAGAAUGUUCAACAAGCCAACACUCCGACCAUUGCAAAAGGUAAGCGUUGCCACAUAUGUCCUUUGCCAAGAGAGUCGUAGCGAUGCUCGAACGCUCGAUGAGCUUGUCGAUCAACUUGGCGUUCGACUAUCACUUGUUGAAACGGCGAUAAGAAGGCUCGAUGAUCUUCGUAACACUUUUGAGGGGAAACACGCUUUGACAAAGCUAUGGAAGUACUUGAUAUUCAAGUUGACAGAGGAAGAACUUGACAGCUACGAGGCCGAACAGAUGGUGAUUGGAAGAAACAUGAUUGAAAUGUUGGACGGGGGAUUUAUUUUACCAGAGCUGGCCUCAUGGUGA